AUGUGGGCUAUAGUGACCGCAACGGGAUUUCUUAAUUUAAUCAUACUAACACAUUUUAGUACUGGAGCAUCAGAUUGCCCCAACAACUGGUUCAACUGCGGGAAUGGAAAAUGCAUAGCAAAUAUGUGGCUGUGCGAUAAAGACAAUGACUGCGGGAACUUAAAAGAUGAAGAAAAUUGUGAAGGCGGGGUCCACCCUGAAAAAUGCUUGAGCAGCCAGUUUCAGUGUUCGAGGAACGGUCACUGCAUUCCUGAAUCCUGGCGCUGCGACGGUGAACACGACUGCGAAGACAGUUCCGAUGAAAAAGAUUGCAGAAACUCUACUACUUGUAGUGGCUUCACAUGCAAAGACAAUCACUGCAUCCCAAAAAGGUGGAGGUGUGAUGGCCAGAGAGAUUGCCGUGAUGGUUCCGAUGAAGUAGACUGCCCAAAUGCCAAGAAAUGUACAGAGUCUCAGUUCAUGUGUGGGUCAGGUUCUUGCCUGAAUCUGACCCAAGUUUGUGAUGGGACUAAAGAUUGCCCUGAUGCAAGCGAUGAAGGAAGUCAUUGCGGAGACACCUGUGCUAAUAUUUCAUGCUCUCAAAAAUGCAGAAACACCCCAAAUGGUCCUGAAUGCUACUGUGAAAGUGGUUAUAAGUUAAAGAAGGAUAACAGAACUUGCUUAGAUAUUGAUGAAUGCCAGACAGAAGGGUUCUGCAGUCAUAAUUGCACAAAUACAGAAGGAGGCUACAAGUGUUCUUGUUUAUUUAGAUACAAAUUGGUAAACCGAACUUGUCAAGCAGAUGGUCCCGAACCAUUGUUAAUCUUCUCAACCUUGCAAGAAAUUCGUGGUAUACACUUAAGGACCAAUCGCUAUUUCUUAAUUCAAAAAGCCAUUUACAAAGCUGCUGCAGUAGAUGCCGAUCCAACCGAUCAAACAGUAUAUUGGGUUGAAAUUUCGAACAAAUCAUCUGUUUACUCCACGAAAUUGGAUGGUUCUGAAUUAACUACAAUUCUCAGUAGUGGACUUCAGAUUCCUGAGGACAUAGCUGUAGACUACAUAGGAAGGAAUCUGUACAUAACAGAUUCAGGGUUAAAACAGGUGCUCGUUUGCAAAAUAGAUGGAAGCAUGUGCCACGUUAUCCACAGCACAGAUAUAGUGAAACCACGUUCUCUCAAGCUGGAUCCUCCAGAGGGGGUCCUUUACUGGAGUGACUGGGGAGAAGGUACUGCGGGUAUAUACAAAAGUGGUAUGGAUGGCUCGAACAGGAUAACUUUAGUAUCGACUAACAUCUUCUGGCCAAAUGGAAUAGCAGUUGAUCACACAACAAACCGCCUCUUCUGGACUGACGCUCAACUGCAUACUAUAGAAUCUAUUACUUUGGAUGGAAUUAAUAGAAAGGUAAUCAUUAAAGAUAGCGUGUAUCACCCAUAUUCGCUUACGGUGUUUGAAGACAAUUUGUAUUGGACUGAUUGGAACACAUUUUCUUUGGACGCUUGCAAUAAAUUCACUGGGCGAAAGACUACUCUCAUGGUUCGGGAAAAUGGAAAACAUAUCAUGGGAGUUCACGUUUACCAUCCAGUCCUUGCUCCUGCAGCUACAAAUCCAUGUUGGGCUCACUUGUGCAGUCACAUGUGCGUGCUUGCUCCUUUUAAAACUUACCGUUGCGUCUGCCCAUCCGGUCACAAACUGUCAAGUGAUAACAGAACCUGCAUCAUUGAGGAGAAAUAUCCUUCCUUGUUCGUCGCAGAAGAUUCCAAAAUUUUUCUUAUACGUCCAGAGACGGUUGGAAGAGAUGCGGUGUCUGUUCUUCCUAACACUCGGGUCGAGAUGAUUGGAAACGUGGAAUACGACUGGAAAUCCCAAACUCUGUUCAUUGUGGAUUUGUCCAGGCCAUGCAUUGAUUACGUAACACCUUCAUCAGAGGGGCAUUUAUUAGAAAAUCAUCUAAUUCUUCCUGAAGAUCUUGCAUUUGAUUGGAUGAGCGAUGUUCUUUACUGGGUUGAUUCUGGCAAAAAUACUGUGGAAGUUCUUUCGUUACGGAAUCGCAACGUAACAUCCAUCAUAACUGGUUUGGCAAAGCCUACAGCAAUCGCAUUGGCUCCUGCUCGGGGGAUUAUGUUUGUAUCAACUAUCGAUAAUUCAGAAGUCUCAAUGUAUGAUAUGGAUGGCAAGAACAGAAAAUUUAUACGCCGAGUCACUGGAUCCAUUAUGUCUAUAGCUGUACAUCCUGUCAGAAGUCUACUUUAUUGGGCAGAUCUUGCAUCGGAAAAAAUAUUUUCAAUGGACUACAUGAAUUCAAGGAGCGAAAUAAAGACAGAAAGAAGUAGGACUGGGAGCGUACUAUCCAUUGCAGUUAGUGAGAAAUACCUAUACUGGACAGAUACAAAGAAUCGUCAAGUCUACCUCCUACAAGAAAAUUCAAGUUUUGCACACACAAUUCCACUACCAGGAUCAGGAAGUGCAAAUGCUGCUCGAAAAAUUACUUACACACGUGUUUCAAACCAACAUGAGCUUUCAGGUACGAUUUGUGCAGUGGCUAACGGCGGCUGCAGUCAUAUUUGCCUCACUACACCAAACGGAAGGUCCUGUGCUUGUCCACUGAGUAUGAAGAUCUCUGAAAAUAAUUUGACUUGUCAGAGUAACGAAAAAUGCGGAGAAGAUGAAUUUCGCUGCGAGAAAAGUAGGAAGUGCAUUCCUUAUGAUUAUUACUGUGACGGAACGAAAGAUUGUGAUGAUGAAUCUGACGAACAAUGCGACGGCAAAGUUUCAUUAUGUCCAGGAAAUGACUUCACGUGUCGCAAUGGCCGAUGCAUCCUCCAGUCGUGGAAGUGUGACCACAGAGAUGACUGUGGAGACAAUUCGGAUGAGGAAGAUUGUCCUGUCCAGGCGUCUUGUGAUAAAGAACAGUUUUCUUGCGGUAGUGGAGAGUGCAUUCCUAUGUUGUGGCGAUGCGACGGAGAGAAAGAUUGCAGAAAUAACAACGAUGAAACGGACUGCCACGAGACUUCAUGUGAUCCCGAGAUGCAGUUAAGGUGUGAUCACGGACAAUGCAUUCCGAAGUCCUGGGUUUGCGAUGGCACUCCAGAUUGCUACGACAAAACAGAUGAAAAAAAUUGCACCGUUAAGCAGAAGGCCUGCGAAGCAACUCAGUUCCGUUGUGAUGAUGGUACGUGCAUCGAUAAGAUUCUUAUUUGCGAUUCAAGGAACGACUGCCAAGAUGGCUCUGAUGAAAGAAACUGCUCAAAUGUUCGUCAUACUUGCAAAAAAGGGCACUUUCGGUGCAACGAUGGAAUGUGCAUUUAUCCGCAUGAAGUAUGCGACUUUUUUAGCGAUUGUUCUGAAGGAGAGGAAGAAUUGAACUGCACCAUCAGACCAUGUGUUCCUGAAGAAUAUCAGUGCCCCGUUUCAAAGCGCUGCAUUCCCAGUCGUUGGGUUUGUGAUGGUGACGAGGACUGUCUUGAUGGCUCCGACGAAGAUCCGACAAACUGCACUAAACCUCAUAAAAUGAUUGCUCCUCCAAGCUCUGUGGAAUGCGACGAGUUCUACUGCUAUGCGCGCCGGACGUGCAUACCUUGGUCGCAAGUUUGUGAUGGACUUCGGGAUUGUGAAGAUUUGUCAGAUGAAGGAGGUUUGUGCUCAAAAUCUUGCGUCAAUAAUCAUGGCUGUGCUCAAUUAUGCAGGAAGACUCCUCAGGGCUCGAAAUGUGGUUGCCACAGCGGCUACGUUCUGACUGCAGACGAGAAAACUUGCGUCGAUUUGAACGAAUGUUUGAUACCAGGUCGGUGCAGCCAUUUCUGCAACAACACGAAGGGCGGCUUCAAAUGUAGUUGUGCUGAAGGCUAUCUCUUGGAGCGGGACCAUAGAAAAUGCAAAGCGGACGGUGGAUCGGCAACCCUUGUCUACAUGCUGGAGGAUGAACUGAGGGGGAUAGAUCUUGGCAGCCGAUCUCAGAGGGUUUACCUCAGUGGCCUUUCUUCACAUAUAAGAGGAAUCGACUUUGAUGCCGAGGAAGGAGUUUUCUUUUUCUCCGACUGGGACAAGGGAACUAUAAACAGCUAUACCCUCAAUACAAAACAGAAAGUGGAAUUGGUCCGUGAUAACCGUAAGCCUUCAUUCGUUCGUCGAGACUGGAUCACCCAAAACAUCUACUACCCCGACGAUGACGGUGCCAUUAAAGUUUGUAACAAAGAUGGAAGUUCCUGCGCUACUCUGCUGGAAUACGUAGCUCCACAUAUAAACAGCUUUACUAUUUCUCCGCCAAAUGGAUUAAUGUUCUGGGGAAUAUGGAGCGUAGUCAUAGGCAAGGGAUCUGGCAUCAUCGAAAGAGCAGAACUGGACGGCUCUCACAGAACGAGUAUCGUGUCUGAUAGAAUAGUGUUUCCGAAUGCUGUUACAGUGGACGAAGUUUUGAAGUUAAUUUUCUGGACAGAUUCAAAGCUGAACACUUUGGAAUACUCAGAUUUCCAUGGCCUCAAGAGGAAAGUAGUUCUUUCGGGCGCAAUGUACUAUCCCUUCAGUAUGACUAUUUUUGAAGAUUUUGCUUUCUGGGCUGAUUGGGGAACGGACACUAUAAUUAGAUGCGACAAGUUCACUGGUAAAGACUGUAUGGACUUUCACAAAGGAAACGUCAAGACAGAUGAUAUGACGGUUGUCCACAAAGUGAAGCAGCAAAAGCGGGAAAACAGAUGCGAAGGCAAAUGUGACCAACUAUGCCUUCUGACACGCUCCAGUUACACUUGCAAAUGCGGAUAUUCGUAUAGUAUGUACAACUCAUCUUGUGUUCUAAGAACCACUCCGAGACCUACGUACAAGCCCAAAAAAUCAUGCCCCACAUCUUACUGUGCAUCAAACGCUGUGUGUGUAGUUGAAGACGACAAGUUUAAGUGUGUGUGUUCUAGAGGUUUUACAGGCGUCAAGUGUGACGUACAGAAAGUUGGAACAGAACCUUAUGACUAUGGUUGGGUAGUUGCUGUUGUCUUGUCAAUCUUCCUGAUCACUUUCGUCGUGGUAGUAUAUCUGCUGUGCAGAAAAAACAAGUCAAAGAUCAGCAAGGUCACCGAAAGUGUGGCUGUAAGAUUUCGCAACCCAAUCUUUGGCAGAAAGAGUAGUCAAUUGGUAAUGGACACGGAUGACGGUGGCGUCUGCGACGAGCUCGUCUUUGGCGGCACUAAAGGCGAUUACAAAAAAUCUGGAUUUACAAAUCCAUUAUUUGGGAAGAAGACCCAUGAAAGACUUCCAGAUCUUGAGUCGCAAAAAGGAGACUACCAAAGGUGGCCAUCAUACGAUACAGAGGACUGCGCCUUCAUCAGCGAUAACCAGGAUGAGAAGGAUUCUAAAUGUCUUAACGAGACUUCAUUAGCAACCAAAACAUCAGAUAAAAUUUUGGGUUUUUUGAAGAAUUUCAGAGAAUGAAACUUAUUUUCGUUCAUUUUUCAUCAGCCUUCAUACGUUUGUCCAAUCUACAUUUUAACUGUACUUUUUAAGCUAAUAAACUAACCUGUUGAAUUU